CAGUGUUAAUUUGAGAAUACACAGCGUGCAUGCUCCACACAGCACUGUAAAAUGGGAUAUGCCUUUAGGAGCUAAGGCAUUAACACUUAUUUCUGAGGGAAGGAUGAGGUAGCCAUCCAGAGCCAUGGGAGGGGCCUGGGAUCCUGCAUUGCCAUCAAAGUCCAGUGAAGAAUAAUGGCUACCAGACGUGCUCAUACUGAAGAUGACCUUUCCUGUCCAAUUUGUGGACAUAUUCUCAGCCAGCCAGUUGUGCUCACUUGCAAACAUAGAUUCUGUAAAGCGUGUCUGAGAGACAGCUGGGACACACAAGGCAGUGGGGAUUCACACUUCUGUCCUUUGUGUUGGCGCCGUUCCUCCAUGGAUCAAAUAGUGGUGAGCACUCUGCUGGAGAAGACCUGUGAAUCCUUCAAGGUAGAAAGAAGCAAGAAUGAUCCGGAAGCUUGUAAAGAACAUGGAGAAAAGCUUACACUGUUCUGUUUGGAGGAACUGGAACCGAUCUGUGAGGUUUGUGGGAAAGCAGCUGCACACAGAGGACACAGACUUUAUGCCAUAGGAGAAGGUGUUCAUGACUGUAAGGAGGAACUGAAGAGUGCUCUAGUGCCUUUGAAAGACAAGUUGCAGCUGUACAAGAAGGCAAGAGUGGUCUGUGAGGAAAUGGUAGAACAUGUUAAGAGUCAGGCUGAACAUACUGAAGCCCAGAUCAAAGAAGAAUUUGAAGCCCUCCAUCAAAUCCUAAAAGAACAGGAAGCUGCAAGACUUUCCUCUUUAAAGGCAGAGGAGGAGCAGAAGAAACUGAUGAUUAACCAGAGAAUUGAGGAGAUGAACGAUGAAAUGACAUCUCUCUCCAACACCAUUCGAUUAGUAGAACAGGAGAUGAGUUCAAAUGACAUCCCAUUUCUUAAGAACUACCAGGAAACAAUAAAGAGGACCUGGCAGACUUCUCUUGAUCCACAAAUUAUUUCAGAUGCUCUGAUUGAUGUAUCCAAACACCUGGGCUCAUUAAAAUAUAAAAUAUGGGAGAAAAUGAAGAGUAUCAUCAAAUAUAAUCCUGUGGUUCUGGAUCCAAACACAGCAGCAAGCUGCUUUGUCCUCUCACCAGAUCUGACAAUGGUGCAGAACUCUACCCAGAUUUUCAAACUGCCGGACAACCCCGAACGCUUUGACGUCAGUGCAGAGAUGCUGGCUGCUGAGGGCUAUUCCUCUGGACGUCACAGUUGGGAUGUGGAAGUGAAGGACAACACCUACUGGGUGGUGGGAGUCGCCAGCGGCUCCAUUAACAGGAAAGGAAAGCAUGUGCUGACGCCGGCAGAGGGGUUCUGGACUAUUCGGUUCAGGAAUGGAGAGCACAAGGCCUGCACAGCACCAUGGGAGCCGCUAAACAUGAGUAAGAAGCCAGAAGUGGUUAGAGUGUCUUUAGACAUGGACCGAGGCAAGGUGUCCUUUUAUGACCCCAGAGAAAGAGCGCCUCUCUAUACCUUCAUGGAUGUCAUCACACCCAAAGCCUUUCCUUACUUUUGCUCUGCCUGCAAAGAGCAUCCACUUAGAAUUCUUCCCACGAGGAUAUCCUUGUCAACAGACAAUUAAUACACCUUAAACAAAGAUCACCACAAUGAACGAGUUAUAACACUACUUUAAUAAGAAACUUCUAAAGGCACUUUUUAAGAAUAACUGAUGCAAAGAUGUUUUAAAAUAUUUAAUCUGAGUUAAAACAAAUGCAGUCUGGAAGAUCUGAUACUGUAAAAUGUUUUACAAUCUUGAACAGCCAUAUUAAUACCAUGAUAAGAUUUUUACAGAAAACAAAUGGGACCUCAGGCUUGCAUGGCAAAGAAAAGCAUACGAAGGAAACACGGGUGCAACGUUUCAUACAAGGCACAUAUUAUAUGCGUCUUUGCAAACCCAUACCACUGUUCUUCAAAAGUUUAAAUAGUUCAUGGGAGAUUAGUUUUCCAUUGCAAUCAAAAAUAAUCUACAGUUAGUGUUUGCUUUAGUAGCCAAGUGCACAGCAUGCUGUAGUCCGGUCUUUGAGUUUCAUCCAAACACAUGCCAGUAACUCCAUAUCACGCAAGUAUUGCCUAAACUUACACAGAACUAAACCUGCAGCAUGAUUCAUAUGUGGGUAAAAUACCCUGUAAUGACAUAUACUUUGAAACUACCUGUGCUGUCCUAACCACCUUCAUUACAACAUACUCCUAUGUCAAGUUGGUUGUGGGAGAUGCCAGUGUGUGUGGUGAGGCUUUAUGGCUUUGUGAGGUGUUUAAUAAGUAAAAAGAAACGAUUAAAGGGAAAAAAAAUGCCCUCA